UUUAUCAGUAAGGAGCUCACCGAGCAGGUAAACCAGGCUGUUGGUUUUGUGCCAAUGUUGGACGAAAGCCUCAACAAAAGCACAAAAACCAAACAGCUUGACAUCCAUCUCUGCUACUGGGACGGUGACCGUGUUCGAUCACGAUAUUUUGGCUCGCAGUUCAUGGGCCAUGCAAAGGCGGUGGACCUUCUCAGUAAUUUCAAGGAGUGUUUACGUGACCUUGAUUUGAGGAGGAUGGUCUCUUUGUCCAUGGACGGACCCAACGUCAAUUGGCGUUUUCUUGAGAUGCUGCAGACGGAGCAUGCUGAGCAUUUUGGGGGUGCCCAGUUGGUUGUAGUGGGAAGUUGUGGGCUACACACUCUACAUAAUGCUGUCAAAUGUGGAUUCACUGAGUGGCAUAUGGAGGAGUUCUUAAGAGCUCUUCAUACUAUUUUUCACAAUGUGCCAGCAAGAAGGGAGGAUUUUUGCAAUCUUACAAAGUCCAAAACCUUUGCUUUGCCUUUCUGUGGUCACCGCUGGAUCGAGAACCUCCCAGUAGUGCAGAGAGCCAUUGAGGUCUGGCCUGACAUGAAGAAAUAUGUUGAUGCUGUUACAACCAAGAAGCUCCCAAACCCUGGAACGUCUUCUUAUGACACCAUCGAGGUGGCAACCAAAGACCCUCUUAUUUUGGCAAAGCUGCAUUUUUUCAUGGCAGUUUCACGAAGUGUGACACCCUUCUUGACAAAGUAUCAAACGGAUGAACCUGUGCUUCCAUUCUUUGCCAAUGACUUGGCUGAAUUACUGAAGAAUUUGCUGAGGCGAUUCAUCAAGCGAGAGCUACUGACUGAUGUCACACCUCAGCACUUGGUACGGCUUGAUGUCACUGACAAGCAGUCGAGGGUGCAUCCAAAGGCAGUGGACAUCGGCAUUGGUGCAGAGACUGCCAUAAAGGUAUUCUGGAAAUAAUCAUGGCCGACAAGUAGGCGUUUCACAAAAUUGCAAUUUGGUGGUUAAAGGGAAAGAGCAAGGAGAGUUGUGUUGUAAACAGUUGUGUUGUAAUCAGGGACAGUUCACUUCAGCUAGUCCUUAUUCAUCCUUAGGAACUCCAACAGCGGAGUAAAUCCUCAGAGGAACUUUCCAUCCUACAUUUUCAAAACCAAUGCAUGGAGUGUCUAUCCAAAAUGGUCCAGAAGAUUCAGGAGAGGAGCCCUUUGAAGUUUCCGAUUGUUAGACAAUUAACUUGUCUGAACCCAGCCUUUAUGUACAGCAACCCUGAACUGUGUCAGAAACAGAUGAAGAGCAUAGUCAGGAAGUUUCUACAAGACAGACAGUUGGAUGGAGGAGUUGCUGCUGGUACAUAUUCAUACAUUAUUUUAUUGAUGAGGUCUAAACAUAAGCAUACAAUUUACUAAUGUAAUACCUGUACGUAAGGGAUAAAGAACAUCAUGGUAUUCUUGUAUCAAAAAAUACUGCAUGUUCAAAGUGGUAGCACAGGCGUUACACCUCAAAGUGCAUUAUUUGUUUUAUCUACGAAUGCAGUUCGUUAUCCUGAUUAUGCCAUUGUUG